AGUCAUAUGACCAAAUGCACAUGAUUCAACAUGUGACAUAAAACCACCUGACUCCGGAUCAUGUGUCCGAUAGCGGCUUGAGAAAACUAAUACUGCAUAUAGCCCAUCACUAAUUAUGAUUCAUCUUUUCUAUUUUUUUUCAACAAAACCCACGUAGGUCAAAUGGACCAUUCAAUGAAGUUAUUCAUUAUAAUUGAACAACAACCAAUACUAUAAUAACAAACAUGUCACAAGUGUAUAGAUCUUCACGUUCAGAAGAAAGUCAAGCAUUGUCUUUUGAAGAUGUGGUGAUGACUGGUUUAGCCAAAGAUGGUGGUUUAUUCUUACCAUCUCAAAUCCCCAAAUUACCAUCUAAUUUCUUAACUGAAUGGUCAGAUUUAUCAUUUAAUGAAUUAGCUUUUAAUAUCUUAAGAUUAUAUAUUAAUGAAGAUGAAAUCCCAAGUCAAGAUUUAAAAUCUUUAAUCACUAAAUCUUAUUCAACCUUCAGAUCUGAAGAAAUCACUCCUAUUAAACACAUUGAUACUAAUCUUUAUUUAUUAGAAUUAUUUCAUGGUCCAACUUAUGCUUUUAAAGAUGUGGCUUUACAAUUUGUGGGUAAUUUAUUUGAAUAUUUCUUAACCAAAAAGAAUGCUAAAAAGGCUUCUGAUGAACCAAAAGAUUUCAUUACUGUCGUUGGUGCUACUAGUGGUGAUACUGGUUCGGCUGCAAUUUAUGGUUUAAGAGGUAAAAAAGAUGUUAAUGUAUUUAUUUUAUAUCCAACUGGGAGAAUCAGUCCUAUUCAAGAACAACAAAUGACUACUGUUGAAGAUUCUAAUGUUCAUACUUUUUCAUUAAAUGGUACUUUUGAUGAUUGUCAAGAUAUUGUUAAAGAAAUAUUUGGUGAUGAAAAAUUUAAUGAAAAAUAUCAUGUUGGAGCUGUAAAUUCAAUUAAUUGGGCUAGAAUCUUAGCUCAACAAACUUAUUAUUUCUAUUCUUAUUUCCAAUUAAAAAAAAUUAAUUCUCAUGCUCAAGUUAGAUAUGUGGUUCCAUCGGGUAAUUUUGGGGAUAUAUUAGCUGGUUAUUAUGCUUAUAAAAUGGGUUUACCAGUUGAUAAAUUAAUCAUUGCUACUAAUGAAAAUGAUAUCUUAGAUAGAUUCAUUAAAACUGGUAGAUAUGAAAAGAAAGUUGAUAGUUCAGUUAAAGCAACUUAUUCACCUGCUAUGGAUAUUUUAAUUUCAUCUAAUUUUGAAAGAUUAUUAUGGUAUUUAAUUAGAGAUUCUAUUGCUGGAAAUGAUGAUAAAAAAGCUGGUUCUAUUUUAAACAGUUGGAUGAAACAAUUAAAACAAACUGGGUCAGUAGUUGCUGAUAAAGAAGUUGUUGAAGGUGCUAAAAUUAUCUUUGAAUCGGAAAGUGUAAGUGAUGAAGAAACCAUUGAAACUAUUAAACAAGUUUAUGAAAAUCAUCCUCAAAAAUAUAUUAUUGAUCCUCAUACUUCAGUAGGUGUUACUACUUCAUAUAGAUUUAUUGCUAAAGAUGAAUCAUCAUCAAAUAAAGUUUAUAUAUCUUUAUCAACUGCUCAUCCUGCUAAAUUUUCGGAAGUGGUUAAUAAAGCAUUAGAUUCUAUUCCCGGUUAUUCCUUUGAAAAAGAUGUUUUACCAGAAGAAUUAAGACAAUUGAAUUUAAAGGAAAAGAGAAUCUUAUUAAUUGAUGAAGCUUCCCUUGAAAAAGUUAAGCAAAAAAUUGUUGAAAUAUUGAAAUUCUAAACUUAAUUUAUAUAUAUGUAUAGGUAUUAAAAAAAUAAAC